UUUUUUACAUUGAAGCAACCCUGUGCAUUCGCCAUUUACGCAUUUCGUCGAGAAAUUUUCAUUUCGCUGUCGUAAUCAUAAUCGCUCUGUGCGCUGCUGGGAAAGAAAAAUUCCUUUUAAUUCAGCUUCCAUAAUUUUAUUGCCAUUUUCAUAGAAUUUUAUGCAAAUAUGCUCAUUUAAAGAACGCACAUGAAACAAUUAAACCCCAAAGAAUAUAUAUAAAUUAAAUUCAUAUGAAAUUAGAACAAAAUUUUAACGCACGCAAAGCGAAAUUAUUACUUUAACUUUAAUGAAAUCACAUUUAGUGGUCAAGGAAAAACGGGAGUACUGCUCCAGUGAAAUAGAAGGCGCCCUGCACACCUUCGUAACUUGUAUGGUAUGUGAUAAUACCACGUACUCGUAGAGAUAUUACAGUGGAGUUCUAUACCAAUGACCAAGAUGUUACAAAUGUGUUAAUAAAUAGUGCCAUUUCGGUGAAAGUGUGAGAAAUUAUUUAAUUCGGAUCAAAAUAUUUGUGACAAAUAAAUGCAAGUUAGUUUUUUUUAUAUACGACUCAAAGUGAAAAAUAAUGCAACCUGCUCUAGACUAAUGGACAAUCGGUAGUGGUCACGUCGAAUACGGGCAGGGAGCAGAAAAAUUCUUUCAAUUUUUUAUUUUUUAAAAGUUUGUGCGCCGAAUAUUUACCAACACAUUACUAUUAAUACUCCUGAAAGUUUUUUGAAUACAUACGAUAAAAUUAUUUACUGCAAGUUGUUAAAAUUAUAAAAGUUAUGCCGCUGCGUGUAUGUCAAAAAUCUACCUUCAAUCAAAACAAAAACCAGAGUUGUUAAAUAUAUUAACUUUUAAGUUGUGAAACACAUAAUAAACAUAUUGAAUAAAAUGUUUUUAUGCAACACCGCUUUCAUUAUUUUGACAUUUAUCAGUGUUGUAUGGUUUGACUCUCAACUAACCUCAAAAUAUUUCAGGGCAAAAAGUGACAAAUGAUAAAUUUUAUUUCUGUUGCCGUGUUGUUGUUGCUGUUUGUAAUUCAUCAGGGCGACAUCGUUGACGGCGAAGCUUGCAGAAAAUUUCACAAAUAGGAUACUACUACAAAAAUCAUUCUUAAAUUGCAUUUAUUAAUUUACUGCUUUGGAGUAUAAAAUCGCUGAUAAAAUAUUUAACAUGUGAAUUGGAAUUAUGUUUAAAUCAAUCAAGGAUAAAAUUUUAGAACAAAAAAACAGACAGCCUACAUUUCCUCUCUGCUUAAAAGCAGUGAAGUAAAAGUAAAAAAACAACAAACUGAAGAAAUUAAAAUAAUACUGUGUUAUAGUUGAGAGUACCAAUUUCGAAUAAAUCAGUUCCAGGGACAGCAAGUGUUAGUGAUUGUGUUUCUAAUCGUCCCGCUAAUGGAAAAAGAACGGGGCGGCAGCAGCACGCGCUACGCCACUGUAAGCGAUCGUAGCACCGUUGUUGGUGGAAAUUCACAUUCUCUAAUGGCUAGUGAAUAUGACGGUUUAUUAAAAAAACACAAAAAAUCUAAAAAGAAGAGUGGCAAACAUUCACUUUCUCGUGAAAACUCUCCUACCCGACAAUCAAGGCACAGCCGUAGUAGUAGCAACCAGUCUCUACAAAGUCGAUCCAGUGCAGAUGGCGAUGAAGCUUUAGCAAUUAACCAAUCGACAAAAACAAAUGCUUUGAACGCCAUCGUUGAGUACUCUGAUGUAAGUUCCGAAGAUUUCUCUGAUCCGGAGGCUGGCGAAAUUAAUUCGGAACCAAAUGAAACCACGAAACAGCAAAGUGUCAAUGCAGUGAUUCCAAAUGUUAGCAAAGAUCUUAGACCUUCCACACAACUUCCUCCACCAAAUGCACCCAAAACAGAUCAACAACUUCAGAACAUGAGCAGUGAUGAUGAUACUUUCCGAAGGAAACGUAAAGAGAGCCUUGAUAAUUUAUCCAAUCUGUCCCCAAAUCGUGUACGCCGCAUUAUUCUUGGCUCUCCAGUUCGGGGAGCGAAAUCAAUUAGCACUGCUACAACUGUUUUAUUGAAAUCCAAAGGUGAUAAAAUAUCCACUUCAGGCGGGUCCCCCAACGAUUCGAGCACAGCAAUGUUAUCUCACCAUCGUACACACAAUGACCCGGCUACGAAAAAACAAAAAAAGAAUAGCAUUAACAGUAGCAGCAGGAGCAAACUACUAGAUGAAGAAGUUUCCGAUUGGGAUGCGGCGCUAGCAAGUAGUGAUUCCAUGGAUACCGAUGAAUUUGAAGCAGAAUUAAAGAGACAAAAACGCAAGAAAGCCAAAAAAGACAAAAAGCAUAAGCGUAGUAAGAAAUCAAAGAAACGAAAAAAGAAACGUGCAAGAUCAUACUCAAGCAUCGAGUCGAUUUCUGACAAUGACUUGGAUGAAGUUAUAGCAGCUGAGAGUAUACGUCACUACACACCUUCGCCGAAAGCACACCGUUUUCACGUGAAACCUGUUGGCAAUAGUGCAAUUAAGAGUCCCGAUCGUAACAUUGCUGGUAGUGGUGUUGGAUCAUCUUAUACUCCAAUAAAAGAAGUCAGUCCAAUGUCCAUAGAUACACCACCAAUGCGUCCAGGUAGUAGCAAUAGCUACUAUGCUGAAAAGACGGGUGCUGCUUUAGCAGCUAAUGCUGCGGUAAAACCGAGUGGUACAUCUACAGUUGCGGCGGCAGCUUCUGGUCUACAAGUCACCGUAACAAAUCAACGGCAUCGUACACCCCCACGUACCAGUGCGAAAACACGAUUUCCCGCCGCAACAUCGCCACAUACACCACCACUUUACGUGUCCGGUAGUGUUGAACGUGGACAUACCGCACGUAGCACACGUUAUGCGCUUAGUCCACCAAAGGAAGAUCUACUAUCUACGCAACAUCAUCAUCAGCAUCGCUCAUUAAGUAAUGCCAGCGGUGGUGGUACUACUAGUCAUCAUUACAGCGGUAGAAGUAGCAGUGGUGUUGAUAUGCAUAAAUAUAAAACUAUGUCGCCUGAUCGCUACCAUCAUCAUCAGCCUACUACGCCGCCUCAUAAGCGGAGAAAAGCAAUCGAUACACGAACGCCUGCGUACGAGUCUCAUCAUACACGUCACCAUAGCUCUAGCGCCCACAGUUUGCGUAAAACACAUGAUUUUGAUCGUUUCGGUAGUAAUAACAGGGACAAAUAUGGUAGACGAUAUUCCAGGAGCCCUAGUUUGUUAAAUAUUCGGAGCAGACAAUCACCAGCGUAUGCGGCAACCUCUUCAUCAUCAUAUCGUAGUAGUGGUGUUUCGAGUGGUAGUCACCGUCAUAGUGGCAGCAAAUACCUACAAACAUCACCUUCCCCUGUACGAUCAAAGUCGUCAAAACGUGGCGCUGGCGCUGACCGUUAUUCACGUUCGCGUUCACCGCGUUCUGUAACUAGACAUUAUGACUCUCCACCCUCGCCCGUCUCUGCAGCGAUGGUGAGUGGACGUACGUCACAUCGACGUUACCGUUCAUCAUCACGCAACCGUCGCCGUGAUGCCAAGCGUUCAUACACGCGUUCACGCAGUCGAACACGCUCACGUUCACGUACCCGAUCGCGUUCACCUUCAUCGUCACCCAUUUCACGCGACCUGAAGCUCAAACGCAUCGAAUACAGUAAAAAGAUCAGCGACACCAGUCUAUUUGCUGAGCUGGUGAAAGACAAGCACAAGCGGCAGAAAGCGAUAGACGCACUGCUAGAACGUCAAGAGGAGAACAGUAAUAGCAACAGUGCGCUCAUUAUAAAUGAGAAUAGCUCGUCGGUAGACAGCGGUACUCCCAAGGUUGUCGUACAUGCCGACCUCACACCGUCCACCACUGAUAGCGCUACAGCGAAACCCGCAACAUUAGCACCCAAUCCGGCGGCAACGGUGGCAUCAACGCCAAAUGGUGUGAGUGGUGGCAGCAAAACAGUUGUCGAAAUAACUAACAUUCCCAUGCCGAAGGUGGUAGAUGAAAAGCUUAUCACCGAUCCUAAGACAAAUGAGCCACCCACCAAAGUCACUGCAACAAAUGCGACAGUUGAUGAGACCGAUCGCCAGUCCGUAGCACCGCCGCAAAUUAAGACUAAACCUAAAAGUCUUACUGCUUUACCAAUGCCACCAGGCAUAAGUGCCGCUGAUUUAGCCAUUGCGUCUACACCUUCACCACCCUCCGAGUAUAACAGCAAAAGUGUUUCACAUGUUCAGAAAGUGAGUAACAAUAGCGCCUCGUCCUCCGCCACGCCAGCUGCAAACACUAAUGCCAACAAAAGCUUACUCAAUUUGCCAAUGCCACCUAUGGUGCCUGGCGGUGAGGAGCUCAGUGGCGAUGAGGACGAUGUUAUUAAUAGUCCAGAAGAUUUUGAUACGGCAAACACCAGCAAUGCGUCGAAAGGCGGUGCGGAUGGUGCAUCAAACGAUGCCGCCACGGGAAAUGGUAAAAUUUCCAAUAGUAAAGGGAACACAAAUGCUGCUACAGCAAAACGUAAACGGCCUGUUAUAUUAAAUCGUCGCGAUUCACGUAAUCAAGUGCGUGAUUGGGGCGAACGUUGUGUAGACGUCUUCGAGAUGAUAGCACAGAUCGGCGAGGGCACAUAUGGACAAGUAUAUAAAGCUCGUGACCACCACACCAACGAAAUGGUUGCGCUGAAGAAAGUGCGUUUGGAGCAUGAGAAGGAAGGUUUUCCCAUUACAGCUGUGCGUGAAAUUAAAAUUUUACGCCAACUGAAUCAUCGCAAUAUUGUCAAUCUUCAUGAAAUAGUCACAGACAAGCAAGAUGCUUUAGAAUUCCGAAAAGAUAAGGGCUCAUUCUAUUUAGUAUUCGAGUAUAUGGAUCAUGAUUUGAUGGGUCUGCUGGAAUCUGGCAUGGUUGACUUCAAUGAAGAGAAUAAUGCCAGUAUUAUGAAGCAACUUUUGGAUGGGCUCAAUUACUGCCAUAAGAAGAAUUUUCUUCAUCGUGACAUUAAAUGUUCAAACAUUUUAAUGAAUAACAAAGGUCAAGUUAAACUUGCCGAUUUCGGUUUGGCACGUUUAUACAAUGCCGAAGAUCGAGAACGUCCAUACACUAACAAAGUGAUAACACUGUGGUAUCGCCCACCGGAACUACUACUCGGCGAAGAGCGUUAUGGACCAGCGAUUGAUGUUUGGUCAUGUGGUUGUAUAUUAGGAGAGUUAUUCGUUAAACGACCACUCUUUCAAGCGAAUGCCGAAAUGCCGCAAUUGGACACUAUUUCCAAAGUAUGUGGUACACCGGUGCCGGCAGUAUGGCCAAACGUAAUCAAGCUGCCACUCUUCCAUACAUUUAAACCGAAACGUCAGCACAGGCGACGACUACGCGAAGAUUUUGAAUUCAUGCCAAUGCCCGCUUUGGAUUUACUCGAUCGCAUGCUAGAACUGGAUCCAGAUCGGCGCAUCACCGCUGAGGAGGCGCUUAAAUCAUCAUGGCUUGUAAACAUCAAUCCCGAUGAAAUGGCUAUACCAAGGCUGCCUACGUGGCAAGAUUGCCACGAAUUGUGGAGCAAAAAACUACGUCGUCAAAAGCGCGAACAGGGUGACGCAGGCACACUGUGAGAUUACAUCUAUUCCAUGGUGGCCACGCCGGUCAUUGAUUCUGAGAUGACCCAGCGCUUGGUGGCUGACAAAGUGACAGAUAACACACAACAAUUGUGUAUAUAGCAGGUGCAACAACAACAAUAUUAACAAUAAUUUCUAAAAUCUAUUGAUGGCGCAGUGUAUGCAGGAAACUAAUACCAACGACAAUAUGGAAAACUGUCUCAAUUGGAUCUAAUUUUAAAUGUAAGAUGGUAAAAGAUUUAGCGCAGCUGUUAUUGUUGUAUCUAACGUGUCGGAAGUAAGAAGUGUUGAAAGCUUAGCAAAUACACACAAUUUUCUUCAUCCUUUAUCUAUAGUAAUUGUAAUUGAUUCACGACAUUUUAGGUUUUUUUUUUUAUAAUAACCAUUAUAACUUACUAUUUUUAUUAUUACCAUAUUAUUAGUAAUGGCAUCAAGUUAAAGCGUAAACUAAAUUAUAAUUAGUUUUAAAGCAACGAAAAGGAUAACUUAAAUAAAACUAAGAAAUCAUUAAACUUUGUAAGCCGAUUACAAAAAAAAAAGAAGCAAGAGCAAAAUAAUAUAAUAAAUGAAUAUCAAGAUCUACAUACAUA